CCCUCGUGGAAAAAGAAGGUCAUCACCGGGAAAAAGGUCGCAUGCAUUAGAUUCAAGAUGGCGACCUCCUUGUGUCAGUGUUACCAGAUGUGUGUCAGAAGAUGCUUCGGGGCCUUCCCCUCUUCUUACCUGCUACUUCACAACAGACCCAGUGUCUACAGGUCACGUGGGGUCCUCGCAUGCUCUUCACAGGUGCCUCAGCCACGUCUUCUGCAGGUCCGGUUUUUGUCAGGGGAGAGAGGCCGCAGAAAAGGUUUCCUUGGGGAGUUUCUGGACAACAUAAAGCAGGAGCUAAACAAGAACAACGAAAUGAAAGACAGCAUCAAGAAGUUCCGGGAAGAGGCCAAAAAACUCGACGAGUCGGAUGCAUUGAAACAAGCUCGAAGGAAAUAUAAAACUAUAGAGUCUGAAACAGCGAAGACCUCAGACGUUUUCAAGAAGAAGUUGGGAAACAUCUCUGAGACAGUUAAAGAGGGGCUAGAGGAGGUCAGUCGCACAGAAAUUGGGAAGAAAAUCAUGGAUGGAAUGGAGGAAGCAGCCAAAACAGCAAAGACCUCAGCAGAGUCUGUCUCUAAAAGUGGAGAGAUGUUGGGGAAGAGCGGUGCAUUCAGAGCAAUUUCACAGGGCAUGGAGAGUGUGAAGCAAGAGAUUGGUGAUCUGGGUCACACCGGCCCUUAUCGGCCACCUGCCAGGCUCAGGAAGAGGAGUGAGUUCUCCUCCAAGGGGGCGGGGGAUGACAGCAAGGUCUUCGAAGCCAACGAGGAAGCAAUGGGUGUGGUGCUCCACAAAGACUCAAAAUGGUACCAGCAGUGGAGGGACUUCAAAGACAACAACAUGGUCGUCAACCGGUUCUUUGAGAUGAAGAUGAAGUACGAUGAGAGUGACAACAGCCUCGUCAGAGCAUCUCGUGCUGUCACCGACAGAAUGACUGACCUCCUAGGUGGGCUGUUUUCUAAGACGGAGAUGUCGGAAGUACUAACAGAGAUUUUGAAGGCGGACCCAUCCUUCGACAAAGAUUCCUUCCUCAAACAGUGUGAACGAGAUAUCAUCCCCAAUAUACUGGAGGCGAUGAUCCGAGGGGAGCUGGAGGUAUUGAAGGACUGGUGUUAUGAAGCGACAUACAGCCAGCUGGCACACCCAAUUCAGCAAGCCAAGGCCAUGGGACUUCAUUUCGACUCUAAGAUCCUGGACAUUGACAAUAUUGAUUUGGCCAUGGGGAAGAUGAUGGACCAGGGUCCAGUGCUGAUUAUCACCUUCCAGGCUCAGUUAGUCAUGGUGAUCCGAAACACCAAAGGAGAGGUGGUGGAGGGAGACCCUGAAAAAGUGCUGAGGAUGAUGUACGUGUGGGCUCUGUGUCGAGACCAGGAGGAGCUCAACCCUCAUGCUGCCUGGAGGCUACUUGACAUCUCCGCCUCUAGCACCGAACAGAUCCUCUAACUCUUUGAUCACUCUUGAGACAGCAUUCUGUACCCGAGAUGGCUGUGAGGGAGGGAGGAGGAGGGACGUGGAGAAGAGGGACAGACGAGUGGGACACGGGGCGGACAAAACAUGGUGGAGCAGCGUUGCUAAAUGCUGCUCACACUAGGGGGCAGUAGAGUACCAACUACUCAGUCACCAUGUUUUCUUCCACGCCUGUAUGUCUGUCCAUUAUUUAAACAGCGUAGCCGUAAACAUUUCAGGGAUACAUGAAGUUAGUUAACUGGGGUUCAGCUCAUUUAUUACAAAUGUGAGAAAAGAAAAUAUGGAAAUCCAGGAAGGGGAUUUGUAACUGAGCCCUUGAACUUCAAGUUAAUGUCAGAAUGUCAAAAAUGUCAGGCUCUCUCUUCCUCUGAGGCGUUGUUAUCUUGGUGGUGUGUUGUAGCCAAUCAGUGCUUUCCUCUAUCCUUCUUUGUAUAAUAGUCGUCCACUGUAAUUGUUAAAACGUGAGUCUAUAUUUAUUAUGAAAAAUAAAGAUGAUCCCUGAUUUUCACACUAGCACACAUUGUUAUACCUUCUGCCUUGCAAAUGGUUAAACUUUUCUCCUGAUCUGGAGAAUAUCACAUGAUUCCUUCUAGGACAGUUGCUAAUUAUAAAGAAAAAUAAUUAAAUCCUCAAGUGGGAUUUCAGUGUGAGCUAUAUUUCCUUUGGGAAACAUGCUGUCUCUCUCUGUUGUGUUUCCAGAGCGGAGCUCGAGCACUCCUUCACUUCACAUGAAGUUACAUAGAAAUGAACACGGCCAGUUUGACAGCUUCCUUGGGGGAGUAGCACCGUCAACUUCCACUUUUUAACAUUAACACUAUGUGCCGUCACACAGUCGUGUUCCGAUUAAAUGCUUUGACAUUCUGUGUUGUGAUUGGUUAUAAAUCACUGCUCCAUGUGUUCAAUGUGCCAUAUCGUUGCCCUAGACACCAGAGUCCUGUGGCCUACAACCAGCAACCCAAACCUAUCUUACAAAGGCUCUAUGUCACCCAUUUCCCCAAGCCUCACCAAUAAUGUCCCCGCCCUGUCAAAUCGUGUGUCCUAAUGGUGUUAGAGGUCACAGUGUUGCUUUUGUGUUGGAAACCCGACCAUUUACUUUUGAUCUGUUGCAGACAAUAGUUUACAUAAGGCCAGAGAAUGAAGAAUGCAAACAAAGCUAAAUAACAUUGGAGACAAUAUGCAUUGUUGCCCGUUUCCACAAUUAAAACUUCUGAACUUA